GCGGCUCUGCGGCGCCACCGCCCCCGCACCGGGCGGGGACUGCGCGGCCAGGGCGAGCCCCGCGCAGCUCUGCCAGCCCUGCCCAGGGACCUUGCCGGGCACAGCAGUUCUGCACCUGCCUGGGCACACAGCCCCUGAGAGCCUGACCCAGCACCAUGGCAACCAUCAAGGGGGUGUCCAGCUUCAGUGCUGAGCAGGAAGCACAGGCCCUGAGGAAGGCUAUGAAGGGGCUUGGCACAGAUGAAGAUGCCAUCAUUGACAUCCUGACCAAGCUGAACACUGCCCAGAGGCAGCAGGUUCUGAUCACCUAUAAGAGCACCAUUGGCAGGGACCUGAUUGAUGAUCUGAAGUCUGAGCUGAGUGGGAACUUCGAGAGGGUGAUCGUGGCCAUGAUGACUCCAAGCACCAUGUAUGAUGUGCAGGAGCUGAGGAGGGCUCUGAAGGGUGCAGGAACAGAUGAGGGAUGCCUGAUCGAGAUCCUGGCCUCACGCUCCAACCAGGAGAUCCAACACAUCAACCACAACUACAGACUGAAGUACGGCAGCAGCCUGGAGGAGGACAUCGUCUCGGACACCUCCUCCACCUUCCGCAGGGUCCUCGUGUCCCUGGCCACGGGCAACAGAGAUGAAGGCACUUACGUGGACAGUGCCCUGGCACAGCAGGAUGCUCAGUGCCUGUACGAGGCUGGGGAGAAGAGGUGGGGGACAGACGAGGUCCAGUUCAUGUCCAUCCUCUGCACUCGGAACAGGCAGCACCUGCUGAUGGUUUUUGAUGUGUACAGAAGCAUUGCCAACAAGGACAUCACAGACAGCAUCAAGUCAGAGAUGUCAGGAGACCUGGAGGAUGCUCUCUUAGCUGUGGUGAAGUGUGUGAGAAACAAACCUGCAUACUUUGCUGAAAGGUUGUACAAAUCCAUGAAGGGCCUGGGCACAGAUGACAGCACCCUGAUCCGGGUGAUGGUGUCCCGCUCCGAGCUGGACAUGCUGGAGAUCAGGAGAGAGUUCCUGAGCAUGUAUGGCAAAUCUCUGCACUCCUUCAUCAAGGGAGACUGCUCAGGAGACUACAGAAAGGUUCUGCUCAGGCUGUGUGGGGGAGAGGAUUAAAGGAGGCUGCAGUGCCUGGGUGAUGGGAAGCAGCUGAUCCACAACCAUUUCUUCCUCUUCAAUUCCUCUCAAGUGUCUUCUUAGUUGCUAAAAGCAUGGAGUUGG